GACCUAGAAAUUUACUAGGACAUUUAUUAAUCAAAGAUACUAUGGAAAAUACAUCGAACUUUCCUGUGCAGGAUUAUUCGGAUUAUAUAUUUGGAAAGAGUUUUUAUUUAACAUGGGCGCAAACGAUACCUCUUGUGCUUUUGACUUCUGUGACGCUAGUGGCUAAUGGAGCAGUGUUACUUAUGUUCGUUGUGACAAAAUCCUUGCGACGAUGUAGGAACAUUUACAUUGCUAGCUUGGCGCUGGCGGAUUUUUUAAUAGGAUGCACGAUGCCUGUGUCUAUGUUGGAGAAUGUGAAGCCACCGUGGGCACCACAAGGGGCUUGGUGUCAACUGCAUCUGAUUGCCAGACAUUCUUUACUCUACGUUUCAUUGUUGAGUAUUUUAUUAAUCAGUGUGGACCGAUGGUGGUCCAUAAACUAUCCAUUUUCAUACAGAGUUCGACAAAGCCGGCGGUUGGCUGUUUGUGCAGUCACCGUAUCCUGGGUGCUUAGCUUCGCUCUCCACAUUCCACCUAUGGUCAUAUGGAACGACGUUCAAAAAGAAUCGAACAGAAACAAUUCGUCAUCACUGGGGAUGAAACCUUGUGAUGCACCAUAUCGAAAAAAUUUCCUUUAUCUCCUGGUUACUUCUGUUGUAGAAUACCUGUGUCCAUUAAUAGCCCUGUGGAUAUUAAACUGCAGUAUAUAUUUCAGAAUUAGCCGACGAAAAAGCAUAAAAAUUCGACGAUCUAUGAGUGUCACGGACACUUUGUAUUUAGGGUAUCGGAAAUCCUCCUCGGAAUCCGAAGGGAACAAUUACGGCUCAGAUGAAAACUCUGACCUGUGUCCACAGCUGUCGAAUGGGAGACGAACCUCAUAUGUAUACAAAUCGUCGCGGAGACAUUCACUGACUAAUUGCAUGAACGGUAAAAAUAUACUGAUGCAGUAUCCACGAACCACCCCCAGUAGUCGGAGGGUUUCGUUUGAUAUCUCCAUGUCGGGUAUUCCCUACAAUAACAAAAGGCCCAUCAGUAGAAAGUGUUCGCUGAGUAGCAUAAUCGGUAAAAACAGUGUUGUUCGUAAGCAAAGUGAUGACUUAGUGCGCGAUUUAUUAGUGAAACAAGAUAAAAAAGCGGCCUGCUCUCUGGGCAUGAUGGUGAUUGUGUUUACAGUAUGUUGGACACCGCAUAUGGUGGCCGAAGUGAUCAACUCUCGAUGUAUUCAAUGUCUUCCAGAAACUUUUAUCACUAUCACCUUCUGGAUACUGGUGGCCAACUCCGCCAUCAACCCCUUUCUGUACGGACUUUUGAACGCUGAGUUCAGAAAGGUUUUAAAACAGUGGUUGUAUUGUAAUUCCACGAGGAAAUUCAGAAUAAAGGAGGCCGUGAUGUAUUGGAACAUAAUGCCAAUGAACACUGAUAUGAUACGCGAAAAUGAUAUCACUUGUGUCAAUGCCCUUAAAGAAUGGCCGUCUUAAUGAGCUCCUUGUAUCCCUAAUAAUUUUAUCGCUCAAAUAGACCAAAGAAAACAAUUAAAGCAUCGUCUAAGAUUAUCAACAUAUCAUUUCCAAAUCGUGAUAAUUGAUUAAUUAAUCA